AUGGGCUGGGUUGGGCAGAGCCGUGGAGCUGACCAGGCAGAGAGCCAGGCUCUUCAGCCUCAGAAAGAGCCAGCUGUGAACCGACUUCCCAGGCUGAAAAGGGAAAAGGUGUUCAUCACAUUGGCUUACCUGGGAGGUGUGGGGAACUUCGUCCUUCCUCUGGUCGUGGGUCUUGUGCUUUCAGAAAACCCAGAUUCUCGCUGGGGAGAAGAAAGGCCACCUCCUCACUUAAUGGCAACGAGCAUUUUGCAGAUGCACGCUGGGCAAAUAAAUGCCCUGCAAGGUGAGGUCCAGGAAGGACACGAGGAAUUCAUCAAGGACCAGCUGAGAGAAAUGGAGAGGCUCCACAUCAAGGAAGCCCUCCAGGAUCAGAUCGGCCAGUACUUCAUCGAGAACCGGCAUAUCACAGGCAAGUUUCCUGACUAUCCUACUGAAAAGGCAGGAGGUUCAAAGGCUAUUUUUUCUCAAAAAACUCCAGCAGAGAUCGUUAAGGAACUGGCUGAGAAAGAGAAGGCAGCUUUGGAGAAAAAAGCUCAAAAGGGGAAAAAAGACGACAGAGGGAAGGAAAAAAUGAAAGGAAAGACACCACAGAAAACUGAGAAAAAAGAAGGAUGGAAAAUGUCUCCUAGUAAUUUCCUUUCAAUAAUGGAGGAAGGAAGCCGUCAAUACAAAGACUUUUGGCAGAACAGAGAUAAGGGAUGGGAUUUUCACCAGGAUCAUGACCCAGAGCUGAACAAAGAGAAACGGGAAGAAGUAGAGGAAGAGAUCAGAGUGCAGGUUGAUGAAUUAAUGCAACAGAAAGUGAAGAACCUCACACUAGCUGUGGAUGGAAAGAAGAGUGGGCAAAAGAAAAAAGGAAGGAAAAGUACAAAGGGCAGCACGGAGUCCCCAGGCAGGAAAAAGAUACCUGAGAUGGAGGAAGAUCUAACUCCUGACAGGACCAUCGAUUCUCUGUACAGGGAACUAGUGGAAAAAGAACUACUAAUAAAAGCGAGGACCGUGAAGCUCUCCGAUUAUGUUGGCGAGUACAACUACCUGGGGAGCAGCCUCCGUCAGGCAGGCGUAGAGCCCGUGCCCUCUCUCACAGAUGUCAGGCAGCUAAUAGCACUGUAUGGGAUAUUGCCAUUAGGUUCCCAAACUGUCCAUGAGAAAGCUCCUUUGGUGAAAGCCUUGUUACUAGCUGGACCUACUGGUGUUGGAAAGAAAAUGUUGGUCCAUGCCAUCUGCACAGAAACAGGAGCCAACCUCUUCAAUUUAUCUGCUUCUAACAUUACUGGGAAAUACCCAGGCAAGAACAGCCUGCAAAUGAUGCUUCACGUGGUUCUCAAGGUGGGUAAGCAAUUGCAGCCUUCGGUCGUGUGGAUUGGAGAGACAGAAAAAAUAUUUUCUAAAGCAGUGCGAAAGGCUGGAGGAGAGAUGAACCCAUCACAACUGGCAACAAUCCUCCCCAAAUUCCUUAAUGCUCUGAAAGCACAGGACAGAGUGCUGCUAGUGGGAACCACCAGCCGGCCCUUCGAUGCUGACCUUAAACCUUUCUGCAAAGUUUACCAAAAAAUCAUCCAGAUUCCUAGGCCUCACUACGGGUCAAGAUUUGUGUUAUGGAAACACAUCAUCCUGCAGAACUACGGCGUGAUCACCAAGCUGGUGAACAUCAGCUGCCUGGCAAUGGUGUCUGAUGGUUACACCCAGGGACAAAUUGUCCAGGCAGUCCAAGCUGUCUUGAGCGAGCUGCGCCUCCUGCAGAUGACCAGGAGGCCUCUGAGGACCGAAGAGUUCGUGACUGCUCUGGCCACACAGGAGCCGGUGUACAAAGAGGAGGAAGAAACAUUUAAGGCUUGGUACAACAGGACACCGCUGGGAGAAGCACGAAUCAGAGCACUGUCAGGUGCCCUUGAGGCCACGCUUGGAGCAGGAGCCCAGGUUUCAGCGCAGCUUUGCAGGGUCCUGGGCGGCGAGCAAGGAGCACAGUCCCAGCACUCAGCCUGCGCCCAAGGCCCAGGAGCCACCUGCGAGCCAUUCCUGCCCACGCCCUGUUGUACAACUCCCCACAUCAGCUUCGCCUCCCCGAAAUACCCCUUACGCCCAGUACUCAGCCGCA